GUUGAAGGGGAAAGAAUGAAGGGAGAGCCUCUUCGCAUCUCGGAGAAGUCGCAGAAAAGUGAGAGAGCUGAAACGGUGUCGUCAAACAAAUGGCUGUCUCCUCGUGUUCCUUUCCUCCUAGGGUUUUCAAUGCUUAUUCUUCAUUCGAGUGCCGUUCCGAUCCCGACUUCUCCGGUACGCCGGCCGGGGAGAAGCCUCGCAUCGGGUCUAACCGACGAGUAACGGCAUCGUUGUUUUGUACAGGCGGUGGGGGUUUGUCGUCUUUGAUCUUUCGUUUCCCCCCGAACUUCGUCCGCCAGCUCAGCGUCAAGGCUCGCCGCAACUGUAGCAACAUCGGUGUCGCGCAAGUUGUCGCGGCUUCGUGGUCGAACGGUCCCACUUCCGGUUACCCCUCAUCGGCGGCUGCUGCUGCUUGUCAGGCAGCCGCAGCCUCCGUCCCCGUCUCUGAUGGCGUGGCGGUUGUAGAAGGUUGUAUUGACAACGAUAGUGUACAGAUUGGGGAUUCAUAUGAUUCCAAGACAUCGUUUUUGAGCUCCGAUGGGAGCAUCACUGUUCAUGCUGGUGAAAGAUUAGGUCGCGGCAUAGUUACUGAUGCAAUUACUACUCCAGUGGUUAAUACUUCUGCAUAUUUCUUUAAGAAAACUCAGGAGCUUAUUGACUUCAAGGAAAAACGCCAUACAAGUUUUGAAUAUGGGCGGUAUGGAAAUCCAACCACUGUGGUUGCAGAGGAGAAGAUAAGUGCACUUGAGGGGGCUGAGUCGACCCUGAUUAUGGCAUCUGGAAUGUGUGCUAGCACAGUCAUGCUGAUGGCAUUGGUUCCUGCUGGCGGACAUAUUGUGACAACAACAGAUUGCUACAGAAAAACUAGGAUAUUCAUUGAGACCAUCCUACCUAAAAUGGGAAUCUCAGCUACUGUUAUUGACCCUGCAGAUGUGGAUGGCCUGGAGUCUGCACUCAACAAGAACAAAGUUUCUCUUUUCUUUACCGAGUCUCCAACAAAUCCGUUCCUUAGAUGUGUUGACAUAGAAAAAGUUUCAAAGUUGUGUCACAGCAAAGGAACACUUGUCUGCAUUGAUGGUACCUUUGCUACACCUCUUAAUCAGAAGGCCCUGGCUCUUGGUGCUGAUCUUGUUUUGCACUCUGCAACAAAAUUUAUUGGUGGACACAAUGAUGUCCUUGCUGGUUGUAUAAGUGGUUCUGAGAAGUUGGUUACAGAAAUUCGUACUUUGCAUCAUAUCUUGGGUGGUACCCUCAACCCGAAUGCUGCGUAUCUAAUCAUCAGAGGCAUGAAGACACUGCAUCUUCGUGUACAGCAACAAAAUUCAACAGCAUUAAGGAUGGCCGAAGUUUUAGAGGCACAUCCUAGGGUGAAACGCGUCUAUUAUCCAGGCUUGCCAAGUCAUCCUGAACAUGAAAUUGCCAAGCGGCAAAUGACUGGCUUUGGCGGUGUGGUCAGUUUUGAGGUGGAUGGAGAUCUGACGACCACCAUCAAGUUUGUUGAUGCAUUGAAGAUACCAUACAUUGCUCCAUCAUUUGGUGGCUGUGAAAGCAUUGUUGAUCCGCCAGCUAUAAUGUCCUACUGGGAUCUUAGCCGAGCUGAGAGGAGCAAGUACGGGAUUUUGGAUAACUUGAUUCGAUUCAGCUUCGGGGUUGAAGACUUCGAAGAUUUGAAGGCCGAUAUACUGCAGGCCCUGGAGAGCAUAGCUUAAAUAGCGUUUUGAUGUGUUUAGUAUUUUUCCUAGUUUAAAUGGGGCAUGUUGAUCUCCAAAAGUAUUUUCUGUUGUGUUUGAUUUUGGUAGAUCCACAUUGGUUGAAUGAAGUCAUGAUUUUGAAUAA